GGUGGACCCGUCCAAGGGAUCACUUCCGAAGUGGGGUCCGGAGUGGAAGCUGUCUAUAAACGUCAGGAAGGUUAAAAAAAAGAAAAGAAAAGGUGGGAUGUGCAGAUCUCCUGUAGGAGCCCACUUACAAGAAAAAGGCAGGAAUCCCCGGGAAGGGAGGCUGUGCUGGGAGUGUGAGCCGGAGAACAGGCGAAGGAGGCGGGUGCUGAAAGCCUCGGUUCCUCAGCGGUGUUUUAAGAGAAAUAUUUGGCUUUUCCCCACGGCUGUCUGCCAUGGACGGGCAACAGACUCCUUGAUCAUGGCCCGAUUCAAGGGACAAAAGGUUGCUGCAACCCUCACAUGUAUUGCAAGCAGGGGUUAAGGACCCAUGGGCUCAUGGUACUGAUGGAAGCAGGGGGUGGACCUCCUUAAAUCAAACCCUCAAAAAUCCAGCAAGAAGACUUCAUGGCGGUUACAUCACAAGACGGUGCAGGAUUUUCUGACGUGAUGGUUAAAGUGGAACAGGAAGAGGAACCAUGUGGUCUGUACCAGCUGGGAUCCAAGACUUCCCCUGGAAAUGGCUCAGGAUUUCCUGACAUUGUCAUAAAGCCAGAGAAAGAAGAGGGGCUGUGCAACCAGGGAUCCAAGGAAAGCGUAAGCAUUGCUGGUGACCAAUCAGCAAUAGAUAACUGCUGGAAAACAAAAAUGUGCACCAAGGGUGGGAAAUGUUUUACACACAGUGUGGGUCUGGACAGACACCAGAAAACCCAUGCAGAAGAACUCUGUGAUAGAGAGAAACCCUACAAAUGCACCAUGUGUGGGGCACAGUUUGCUCAAAAGGUCGCAUUUACACUUCACAAGAGGAACCACAUUAGAAGUAAACCCUUUAAAUGUGAAAUGUCUCGCCAGUGUGAGCCACUUACAGGCCACCAGAAAGUCCAAGGAGAAACAAAGCGGUACAGAUGCCAAGAGUGUGGAAAAUGUUUUGGUCACCUUUCAAACGUUAUGAGGCACCAGGCGGUCCAUACAGGAGAGAAACCAUACAAAUGUGAGGAGUGUGGAAAAUGCUUUUCUCAGAAUUCAAACCUUGUGACUCAUCAGGCAGUCCACACAGGAGAGAAACCAUACAAAUGUGAGGAGUGUGGGAAGUGCUUUUCUCAGAAUUCACAUCUGGUGACGCAUCAGGCAGUCCAUACAAAACAGAAACCUUAUGAAUGUGAGGAGUGCGGAAAGUGCUUUGCUUAUAAAUCUGACCUUGUGAAGCACCAGAGAGUACAUACAGGUGAGAAACCAUACAAAUGCCAGGAAUGCGGGAAAUCAUUUGCUCAGAAUUCCCAUCUUGUGACUCAUCAGGUGGUUCACACAGGAGAGAAACCGUACAGAUGUCAGGAGUGUGGAAAGUGUUUUGCUCACAGUUCACACCUUAUGAGCCAUGAAAAAGUCCACACAGGAGAAAAAACAUACAAAUGCCAGGAAUGUGGGAAAUGUUUUGCCUCCAGUUCAAUUCUUGUAAAACACCAGAGGGUCCACACAGGGGAGAAACCAUACAGAUGCCAAGAAUGUGAAAAAUCUUUUGCUUACAAGGCAGAUCUCGUGAAACACCAGAGGGUGCAUACAAGAGAGAAACCAUACAAAUGCCAAGAGUGUGGAAAAUCUUUUGCUCAGAUUUCAAGCCUCGUGGUGCAUGAGAGAGUCCACACAGGGGAGAAGCCAUUUAAAUGCCAGGAGUGUGGGAAAUGCUUUGGCUCCAGUUCAGUCCUUCUGAGCCACCAGAGAGUCCACACAGGAGAGAAACCGUUCAAAUGUGAGGAGAGUGGUAAUUGUUUUGCUUGGAGAGUCAAUCUUCUCAAGCAUCAAAAGGUUCACAGAGGAGAGGCUCCGUACAAAUGCCAGGAGUGUGGAAAAUGUUUUGCUUACAAUUCAGACCUUGUGAGCCACCUGAGAGUCCACACGCGAGAGAGACCAAACAGAUGCCAGGAGUGUGGAAAAUGUUUUCCUCGCAAGGCAGAACUUGUGAACCAUGAGAAGGUCCACAGAGGAGACAAACCAUUCAAAUGCCAAGAGUGUGAAAAAUGUUUUCUGAAGAAAUCACAGCUUGUGAAGCAUAAGGCAGUCCACACAGGAGAGAAGCUAUAUCAAUGCCAGGAGUGCAGGUUAUGUUUUUCUUCUGGCUCUGUUCUUGUGAGACAUCAGGCAAUCCAUACAGGCGAGAAACCAUACACAUGUGAGAAUUGUGGGAAAUGUUUUGCUCAAAUUUCAAAUCUCAACAAACAUGAAAGAAUCCACACAGGAGAGAAACCAUACAAAUGCCAGGAGUGUGAGAAGUGUUUUGCUUCCAGUUCCAUUCUUGUAAAUCACCAGAUUGUCCAUACAGGGGAGAGACCAUACAAAUGCCAGGAUUGUGACAAAUGUUUUGCUCGCAAUUCACAGCUCUUGACCCACCAGAGAGUCCACACAGGUGAGAAACCUUACAGAUGCCAGGAGUGUGGGAAAUGUUUUGCUUCCAGUUCAGUUCUUGUAAUCCAUCAGCGAAUCCACACAGGCGAGAAACCCUACAAAUGCCAAGACUGUGAUAAAUGUUUUGCUCAGAAGUCACAGCUUGCAAGGCAUGAGAGACUGCACACAGGGGAGAAACCAUAUAAGUGUGAUGAGUGUGGAAAAUCUUUUGCUCAGAAUUCGCACCUUCUGAAGCACCAGGUAAUUCACACAUUCGAAAAACCAUACAAAUGCAAGGAUUGUGAGAAAUGUUUUGCUCGGAAUUCACAGCUUGUGCACCAUGAAGCAGUCCACACUGGAGAAAAACCAUACAGAUGCAAUGAGUGUGGGAAAUGUUUUGCUCAGAAGUCACAACUAGUGACACAUCAGGCAGUGCACAGAGGAGAAAAACCAUACAAGUGUCAGGAGUGUGGAAAAUGUUUUUCUCAAAAAUCAGUCCUAGUGAACCAUCACAUGAUUCACACAGGAGAAAAACUGUACAAAUGCAAUGAGUGUGGAAAAUGUUUUACUCAGAUUUCAAGCUUCCUCUACCAUCAGAAAAUCCACACGGGAGAAAAAUCAUAUAAGUGUCAAGAGUGUGGAAAAUGUUUUGUUGAGAAGGCACAUCUUGUGACUCAUCAAACAGUUCACACAGAAGAGAAACCAUAUAAAUGCCAGGAGUGUGAAAACUAUUUUGCCCAGCCUUCAAAUCUUAUUAGGCAUCAGACAGUCCAUAAAGGAGGAACACCAUUCAAAUGCCAAGAUUGUAAAAAAUGUUUUGCUCAGAAUUCACAGUUUGUCAGGCAUACAAGAAUCCCCACGGGUGAGAAACCAUACAAAUGUCAGGACUGUGGAAAAUGUUUUGCUUCCAGUUCAGUCUUUGUGAUCCAUAGAAGAAUUCACACAGGAGAAAAACCAUACACGUGCAACCUGUGUGGAAAAUGUUUUGCUCAGAAUUCACAACUGUUGACACAUCAUACAGUACACACAGGAGAGAGGCCAUAUCAAUGCCAGAAAUGUCGUAAAUGUUUCUCUAAACAGGCAGACCUUGUGACACACCGUAGAGUUCAUACAGGGGAGAAACCAUACAAAUGCCUGAAAUGUGGAAAGUGUUUUUCUCAGAUAUCCAGCUUUCUGUACCACCAGAGAAUCCACACAGGAGAGAAGCCACACAAAUGUCAGGAGUGUGAAAAAUGUUUUGUUCAGAAGACACACCUUGUAACUCAUCAGGCAAUGCACACAGGAAAGAAACCGUACAAAUGUCAGGAGUGUGGGAAAUAUUUUGCUGCCAGGUCAGUCCUCCUGAUCCAUCAGAGAAUCCAUGCAGUAGAGAAACCAUACAAAUGCCAGGAGUGUGAGAACUGUUUUGCUCAGAAUUCCCAGCUUGUGAGGCACAGAAGAGUCCACACAGGAGAGAAACCAUACAAAUGCCAGGCUUGUGAGAAAUCUUUUGCUCAGAUUUCAAACCUUCGGAAGCAUGAAAGAGUCCACACUGGUGAAAAACCAUACAAAUGCCAAUAUUGUGAGAAAUGCUUUACUCAGAAUUCCCAGCUUGUGAGGCAUGAGAGGAUCCAUACAGGAGAAAAACCAUACCAAUGCCAGGAUUGUGGAAAAUAUUUUGCUUCUAGUUCAGACUUUGCAAUCCAUCAGAGAAUUCACACUGGAGAGAAACCAUACAAAUGUCAAGAAUGUGAGAAAUGUUUUGCUCGGAAUUCACAACUGGUGACACAUCAGGCAGUCCACACGGGAGAGAAACCAUACAAAUGUAAGCAGUGUGGAAAAUGUUUUGCUCGGAAUUCACAUCUAGUGACACAUCAGACAGUUCACACAGGAGAGAAACCAUUCAGGUGUGAGGAAUGUGGGAAAUGUUUUCCUCAAAAGGCAGAGCUUUUAAAACACCAUAGAGUUCACACAGGGGAAAAACCCUACAAGUGCCAGGAGUGUGGGAAACAUUUUGCUGCCAGUUCAGUACUAGUGAUCCAUCAGAGAAUCCACACAGGAGAGAAACCGUACAAAUGUAAGCAGUGUGAAAAAUGUUUUUCGUGUAAUACACAGCUUGUGAGGCAUAAUCGAGUCCACACAGGAGAGAAACCAUACAAAUGCCAGGACUGUGAGAAAUGUUUUACUCAGAUAUCAAACCUUCAGAAGCACAAGAGAAUCCACACAGGAGAGAAACCAUACAAAUGUCUGGAGUGUGGAAAAUGUUUUGCUCGCAAAACAGAACUUGUGAUCCAUUGCAGAGUCCACACAGGAGAGAAACCAUACAAAUGCCAAGAGUGUGGGAAAUGUUUUGUUCAGAAUUCACACCUUGUCAGGCACCAGGCACUUCACAUAGGAGAGAAGCAUGCAGUGUAAAUGGCAUUUACCAUCCUGGUCAUAAUUUUGCAUUUCACUAUCAUUGUCAAGUUGUGCUCAGAGGUGAACACAGCAUACUUCCCUUCCUCUA